AAUAGAACCAUUAUUACUUUAUUUGGUAUCAAUAAAAAAAAAAAAAUAAAUAUGUCUAAAGUUUUACUAAUCUUUGCUUUUUCUGCAUUACUCAUUUGUGCUAUGGGUCAAAAUUUGGAAGAUUCAAAUGUGCCCAGCAAACCUACUAAGCAAUGUUUACCAAAAGGAACGCCUUGUCUCGCGCUGGCUUUUGAUCUUUGUUGUCCUGGAACUCAAUGCACACAACUGCCAUUAAUGUUCUUCUCCGGAACUUGUACAUCGAAUACUGUAAAUGUCUUAUCUCAAGUGAAUGAGGCUGCUGAAGUCGCCAAAAGUAAUUGGGACACCAUCAAAUCUGGGGUAGAAAAUCUGUCUUAAGCCAGAGAUACAUCAGUAUAUCUCGCGCCAAGUACACAUUCAAUCAUGUGUAUAUGUGUGAAUGUGUAGCGCGAGCCUGUCAUGUUUCCAUUCUGCAGACAGAUCUCAUUUUGACAGCUCUAAAUUUUUAAUCGUCAUAAAAUAUUUAUUUAAGCCACAAAUACCAUUUAAUUAUAAAUUAUUAUAUAUAUUUUGUUUAUUAUUUGUUAAAUUAUUUCUUCUUUCAACAAUUCAUUAUUAAUAAAUAAUAAUAUAACAAACAAUAAAAGAAUUUAUUCAUAAA